AUGGAGCAAACAUGUGAUGAUAUAGAUGAAAUGUUCAGCAAUUUACUUGGGGAAAUGGACAUGCUGACCCAGAGUUUAGGGGUGGAUACGUUACCAUCUCCAUCCCCCAAAGCGGCCAACAAGGAGUUCAGCUUUACAGUUGGUUUUAAAGAUUUAAAUGAAUCCCUAAGUACCCUAGAGGACAAAGACCUAGAUGCUUUAAUGGCUGAUCUUGUAGCAGACAUAAAUGAAGUUGAACAGCGAACUUUACAAGCCCAGAAAACUACUGGCAGUCAGCAAAGCACUGUCACUCAGCCUCCAACAGGCUUGGAUACUGCCACUUCUCAUCUGUCAAGUGCCUAUGUUACCAUUACGGGACAGUUUGGGGAUGAUUUGCCCCCUCCACCUCCAGACCCUAACUUAGACCUUCCACCACCACCACCACCACCACCUCCUCCUGAGCCACUCACUCAGGAAGAACAAGAGGCACAGGCUAAAGCUGAGAAGAUUAAACUUGCAUUGGAGAAACUGAGAGAAGCCAAAAUUAAAAAGCUGGUUGUCAAGGUGCACAUGUACGAUAACAGCACAAAGUCACUGAUGGUGGACGAGCGGCAGGUGACACGGGACAUUUUGGACAAUCUCUUUGAGAAAACCCACUGCGACUGCAACGUGGACUGGUGUCUCUAUGAAAUGUACCCGGAGCUGCAAAUCGAAAGGUUUUUUGAAGACCAUGAAAAUGUUGUUGAAGUGCUCUCAGGUUGGACUCGAGAUACUGAGAAUAAGAUUCUGUUUUUGGAAAAAAGUGAAAAAUACGCUUUAUUUAAAAAUCCCCAGAAUUUCUACCUGGCAAACAAAGGGAAGAACGGAAGCAGAGAAAUGAAUGAGAAAAACAAAGAGGCUUUACUGGAGGAAAGCUUCUGCGGGACAUCUGUCAUUGUGCCAGAGCUUGAAGGGGCCCUUUAUUUAAAAGAAGAUGGAAGAAAAUCCUGGAAGAGGCGUUAUUUUCUUCUACGGGCUUCUGGAAUUUAUUAUGUACCCAAAGGAAAAACCAAGACAUCCCGGGAUCUGGCCUGCUUCAUUCAGUUGGAGAAUGUCAAUGUUUAUUAUGGCACUCAACAUAAAGUGAAGUACAAGGCACCUACAGAUCACUGCUUUGUCUUAAAGCACCCUCAGAUUCAGAAGGAGUCCCAAUAUAUCAAAUACUUAUGCUGUGAUGAUCAAGCAACUCUGCAUCAGUGGGUAACGGGUAUAAGAAUUGCCAAGUAUGGCAAGACACUAUAUGGGAACUACAAAUGUGCAGUGAAGAGAGCUGGCCUGGCUCCUCGCUGGCCAAAUCCAGGGACUAUGGAACCAGCGGUGUCUGCAGGAUCCUCAUCAAAAGGCUCUGUUCAGGCAAAUGGACAGAUUCCCCAAACUAUUCCUCCUUCCAGUACAGAGCUUUCAAGGGAGCAGAAGAAAGAGGAUACAUCAGAAGCACAGGCCAAGUCAAACGGUGUCACUGCAGCCGGCCUGGCACAACCAGUGAUGAGGCCGCAGAAUAAGAAGGGCUCCCUGCAGCCUCCGCCGCCACCUGAACGGCGCUCGUCUGCGAUUGCUGCGUCGCCACUUCUGCCCCCCAAAGUCAAACGAGACAGCGGUGUCUUCCUAACAGAUCCAGACAGCUUUCCAGCCCCGCCACCUUCGCUGAGGCUGGAUUUGCCGCCGCCACCGCCGGAGCUGUGUGAACCGCCCCCUAACUUUGUGCCUCCGCCGCCGCCGUCCUGCAGCGGCAGUAACGGAGACUUGUCCCUUCCGCCGCCACCUCCGCCUGUCCCCACCAAGGUGCUGCCUGUGACAAAGAAGCCUGUGCCACUUCCUCCAAAAAGGCAGGAAAACGCAGGACAAGACGGAGAGCCACAGGCAGCCGGGCCACCUCCCUUUGGGGGUGGAGGCAAACAGGUAGAUUUCAUGUCUGACCUAAUGAAAGCCCUUGAGAAGAAAAGGGGCAGCAGCUCCUGAACUCCGAGGGCAGAGGGACUUUAAGACAUGACUGUUGGUGUUUGGUGUCACGGGACGUGGUGUGGGAUGAGGCUCCGCCAGGAGGAUUCUCUCCAAAGCCUCCUGCGCUCAGCCCCUACCAUGUCCCCACAACCUGCUCCUUCCCUCCCCAUUGCCACUACUGCAGCACCAGACCCAGGUGAGGAAUUGGGGAUAGGCUCUCGCUUCCCUCCAUCAGGAUGGGUUGGUGGAGCAGCACGUGCAGUGCCAGGCAGCAAGUCAAGUGCAUCGUCUUGGGAGUCUCACCUUGCCUUGUGAGAACUGGAGCUGAAGGAAAGUCUCUUCUCACAGAAUUUCCCUCAAAGAUUUUUUUUUUUUUAAUCAGAGAAGCCCAAGUUAUUUCACAUUUCAAUCAAAACUCGUCUUUUUCCCAAAAUGAGGCUUAUCUUAAAAAGAAACAUCCCAGACAGAUAGCCCUGAGAGGAAAGGCAUGACAAGGGCCAUUCCCAAAGAGUAUCACCCCAAGUGUUAAACACCACUGUUUCCAUACACAACUCCAAUCAUGACGUCAGCACUCACCUUUAUUCCAUUAAAUAUCAUUUUUUUGGUUAAUUUUAGAUCAAGACAAUUUUUUUAUCUCAAAAUGUUGUAUGCUUCCCCUGAUAAACAGCGUGUUUUUUUUUUCCCCUGUUGGUUAAUAUUUGCCUUCAAGCUGUACCUAGAAAUAGUCUGUUUCCAUAAAGACUUUGUAAUUAUCUUGUAUCUGGUAAGAACAUCUCCUCCUACAUACUUUUUUUUCAUUUGUUCUCCAUUUUAAUUCUCCAUUGUUAUUACAUCUCAAAUAAAAGUAUCUUCUAUUUCA